GUAAAUAUUGUUCAAAGCCCAGAAUACCUAUUUUGGUUUGUACUUAUAUAAACGCGGGCCGGCCGGAAUCUUCAUCAUUUCCACACAGACUACCGAGGUGAUACAACUGAAAAAGGCAGUGAAAAAUAAAAAGGAAUUCAAAAUGAUCAAAUACGGUAUACUGCUCGUUAUCGGCACGUAUGUGUGCGUCGCUUCAGCACUGCCCUCGCCUUGCACGUGUACAAGGAAUUACUUGCCAGUGUGCGGCUCGGACGGGAAAACCUAUUCCAACGAAUGCAUGCUAAAUUGUGCUCGUUUGGACAACAGGGACCUUACCGGCGUGCCCGGUAAAUGCCAGGAGCCCUGUGUGUGCACGUUCAUCUACAAGCCAGUUUGCGGUUCUGACGGCGAGACUUAUUCCAACGAAUGCGUCCUAAGGUGCAAAGUAGCUGAGAAACCAAACUUGACGGUAAAACACGACGGCGAGUGCAAACGAUCAAAGCGGUCUUGCAUUUGUCCUGCUAUUUAUAAACCAGUUACAGGACCCGAUGGCAAAGUGUACUCUAACGAAUGCCAUAUGAAUUGCGCUUUAGAUUCAAAGAAACCAACAGAUACUGUCCCUGUUUCUGCAGGCUGCGCCUGCACUUUCAACUACAGUCCUGUCUGCGGAACUGACGGCAAAACUUAUCCUAACGAAUGCGCACUAAACUGUGAAACAGCUAACAAUCCAUCUCUAGCAGUUGCUUCUCAAGGUGAAUGUAAAAAAGAAGAGGUUAAAGUUGCGACUCCGUCGUGCAUUUGCACCGAUGACUACACCCCAGUAUGCGGGACCGAUGGCAAAACUUAUCCUAACGAAUGCUCACUAAACUGUGAAACAGCAAACAAUCCGUCUCUAGCAGUUGCUUCUCAAGGUGGAUGUAAGAAAGAAGAGGUUAAAGUUGCGACCCCGUCGUGCAUUUGCACUGAGGACUAUGCCCCAGUAUGCGGGACUGACGGGAAUACAUACUCAAAUGAAUGCCGUCUCAACUGUGCGACAGUUAACGACCCCACGUUAGCAGUCGACCGCCAAGGAAAAUGCGAAGACACUGACUGCAUUUGCACCACCGAUUAUUCUCCUGUCUGUGGAACAGACGGUAAUACUUACUCCAACGAAUGUAGACUGAACUGUGCGUCCGCCGACGACCCCACCUUAGCAGUCGACCGCCAAGGCAGAUGCGAAGACAGUGACUGCAUUUGUACCACUGAUUAUUCUCCUGUCUGUGGAACAGACGGUAAUACUUACUCCAACGAAUGUAGACUGAACUGUGCGUCCACCAACGACCCCACCUUAGCAGUCGACCGCCAAGGCAGAUGCGAAGACAGUGACUGCAUUUGUACCGCUAUUUAUGCUCCUGUCUGCGGUACUGACGGUAAAACUUACUCCAACGAAUGCCAACUCAACUGUGCAUCAGCUAAAGACCCAUCCUUAGCAGUCAAACAUCAAGGUCAGUGUAAAAGCGCGGCUCCUGUGUGCCCUUGUACUAAAGAAUUGAGAGAAACCUGCGGGACCGACGGUGUGACAUAUGCCAAUCCCUGCCUGUUGAAGUGUGCUGCUAGAUCGAACAGUAAGAUCCAAGUGGAUCACGAGGGCCCAUGUGAUGUUCCGGCUCGGAAUACAAGGGAUUCUUGCACGUGCACUCGCGAAUUGCUGCAAGUUUGUGGCGACAAUGGAAAGACUUACAAUAACCCGUGCCUGGCGGAGUGUGCUGGCACAACGGUACGACGCUACGGGUCUUGCUAGACACGCUUCAGUAUGGCGGAUAUUUUAAAGUGCCUUAACCUCGUAUGGCCGAGAUUCUCAGACACAGUCAAACAAUGGAUUUGGAUUUUAAAAGGAAUUUAAACGAUGAAGGUGACCUUUUACACGAUACCUAGAGUUGAAUAUUCUAAGAGGCCCUUCUUUUGUAGCCAUAACACUUCAGAAAACAUGCACUUAAUACGUCACUGAAAUAGGGUAGUUUCCAACUAGUCAAAUCAAUCAGUUACAUUUUACUAAGCGUCAAAACACGAAAUGUCUAUGGACUUUGUAUGAAAAAGCAACCUAUGACGUCAUAGAAAUUUAUAUUAUUAUUAAGUACAUUUUUCUUUAUUAAAAUGUAGAUUAAAAUUCAUAAAUAAGUUAAAAAGAAAACGUUUUUGUCACCUUUAGAUCUGUCUUUAUUUACUUACUUAAUCAGAAUUUCAUAAUUUACCUUUAACAUAGGAAACUACCCAAUUGCAGGCAUUUUCUUUCAAUAAUUCAUUUCACAGAAAAGACAUUUCAGAAAAUAGUUUUCCCUAAUUAAAAUGUUUAAUUUACUCUCGUUCUUAUUAUCUCUCUUUUAGAAUUGAUUUUGUUAUUAUAUUUAAGAUUUACUUACUUACCUAAAUGUUGUUUAGUGAUGUUGGUAAUAAAUUGUAUUGUUACGUACUUAUAAGUAAGUAUUAUGAAGUUUUAUGAAAUAAAUUUUUAAAAACCUAA